AUGGUGCUGAUCACGGACGACAGGGAUGGAGCAGUCCGGCUCCAACACCAGCACCAGCCCCAGCUCCUCAAAGUACCGGGAAAAGUCACUCAGCUUCAGCCCACCAUCACAGAGGAGUCCCUGUCCCAGGAUGACGAGGGCGACGAUGAAGAUGAAGACUUUGAGGAGGUGGACUUUGAAGACUUGGAGGACUGCAGGAGCAUCGUCUCUGAUGACUCCUUCUACCCGCCUGAUGAUGAACUGUUCGCGGACUCAGAGCGCACGCCGUCCCCGGAGAGUCCAGAGCCGCUGACCUUCUUCCAGGCGUGCUGCUCCAACAACGCGGCCAUCGUUCGUAUCAUGGUCCGCCACGGGGUGACCGAGGAGGAGGUCACGGCUGCUGACCGGAACAACCGGAUUGGACUGCUGGUGGCCUGCUAUCAGGGCUUUGUGGACGUGGUCAUCGCUCUGUCCCAGUGUCCGUAUCUUGACCCAAACUGGCAGGACACUGAAGGCAACACCGCUCUCAUCACUGCGGCUCAGGCAGGUCACGUAACAAUCACUAACUACCUUCUGAAUUACUACUGUGGUCUGGACAUCGAGAGGAGGAACUGCCACGGCUUCACUGCGCUCAUGAAGGCCGCGAUGCAAGGCAGGGUGGAGUGUGUACGCGCUCUCAUGUUAGCAGGAGCAUCGUUAGACGCAAAGGACUUCGGGCGAAACUUCACAGCACGAGAAUGGGCUUUGUUCACGGGUCGCUAUGAGACGGCGUGGGUGAUGUCACGACUGAUGGAGCGGCCGUGUCCACUGCAGUAUAAAGACACAUACAGUCUGGAAUGGCCUCCGCUGGCGCCCCUCGUGGCCAGAGCUCGGGAGCCCCGCGGCUGUUUGAAAAGGCUCUCGGACACAGUGAGGAGCGCCUUCAACAUCGCUAACGUCACCAAUCCGGACGACGAAGGAGUCAUGGAUCACAUGGUGUCCAUAACCACGGCCAUGAGGAGCCCGUUUGUGGCUGUGGCCUGCCAUACAGUGUGUCCUGACAGCCCCCCCGCAGUGGGCAAGCGCCGCUGUGCCGUUCCAGAAAUCGUCCGACAGCAGCGCGUCAAAGAGCUCCUGACCUCGAACCCGGACCGCACCGACACCCACAUCAAACUUUUCCAGAACUCCCGCGUCACGUUGGUCCCGAAACCCACAGCUGACCGGCGCUCCAGUCUCCAAGUGCAAAGCGUGGCUCCGAGACCACGCAGCUCCAGCUUAGUAUCGCUCUCCAACACACUAGAACUGAGAAGGACCAGUCUGCUGCCUAUGCAUAUGAUACUGAGGAGGAGCAGCGUCAGGCCUGGCUUUAGUAUCCCCAAAGUACGGGUGUCCAAAGCCCCUCCGACUACGUAUGAGCCUGAAAAAAUUCACCGGAAAAGCAGCUCUAAAGACGGAGGAGGACAUUUCUUGCAAAUACCAAAGUGGAGGUACAAAGAGCUGAAAGAGGAGAGGAAGAAAGCAGAGGAGGCUGAGAGACGGAGGCUGGAAGCUAUUACUAAAAGACAUCUUGGCACAGGGAAAAGGAACUGA